CAAAUCACUAGCUAGAGCAACAACAACAACAACAACAAGGACACUGGUCUGAUUCACAGACGUUUGGUCACGUAUUGCCGAAAAAUCAACUUAAACAGCAUAUAGUUACUAAUAAGAUCUCGAGUUUCUUAAAUAUAGAUUGAAGAUGCUGCGAUCACUGGUUAGUUUGUUCCGAAGUCCGUACACAUGCACAGUUUUGCAAAGAAUAGCUAGUCCAGCUGUGACACAGGCUAAAACGUCACAAAACUUGAUUCUGAAGAAUUUGUACACAACUGACCCUUCUCUCCCAGAAAGUAGCAAAUCUCAACAGCAGUCUGCUAAAAACACUUCUUCUGAUGAUCAAGACCAAAAAUCUGCAGCAGCAGUUGAAAACACUGCAUCUGACAUUGACACUACUCUUGAGCUGACAAAAGAGCUUAUAAAUUACCAAGCUGAUUUAACAUCUAAACAACCAGUGGUUAAGAAGGAGUUUGUUUUUCCUGAUGAGGAAAGACGACCUGGAAACUAUUUUCCCACAGCUCGCAUCCAUGAUUUGCAUGUAGACGGUGUUCCAUUUCAUCAACUGCCAACAGUUCAUAUUAUAGCAACCCCUCAGAAUACAAAAGGAGGUGCCUAUGUGAACAAUAAAGCAUUGUCCAUACAGUCAGGGGGCCGUGUCGGAUUUAAAAAUUCUAAGAAAAAGACUGCAGUAUGUGGACAGACUGUUGGUUUUGCGAUGGGUUUGGACCUGACAAAGAAAGGCUACAAAAAUGCCAGGGUCCUUGUGCGGGGCUUUGGACAAGGGCGCUUGGCUGCCAUCAAGGGUCUUCAGUUGGCAGGCAUUAACAUCGUGUCUAUCACCGACCAGACCUACAUUAACAUCUCCGCUAGGCCCAAGGGGGUUAGGAGUCUGUAGAGAUCCCUGGGAUUUAGGUUUCCAAGCUGAUCGCAUCUUCUCCAUGUAGAAAAUGUUACAUUAUACUAGACAAUAAAUUCUUAAUUGUGAAAACGC